CUUCCAUCCCUUCGUGGCAUGUAUACGAGAAGAAAAUUAACAAAAAGCGAAGUCCAUUAAAAUACAAUGCUGGAGGGCUGGUACUGCAGAUCCCUGGCCAACCAGGAAGAGGGCGCCAUCAAGGACGAGCCACCGAGUGACGAGGAACCGCCACCGCCUGCCAGAGAUCGCGUCCCGGCAAAUUCCCGCGGAGCAGCACUCGCUAGCUCGUCCUCCGUUUCCGCGGGAUUAGGAGCCAACGAGACGGACUUCAAGGAGCGCUACAAGACCCUGAAGAAAAAGCUGAAGUUCCUCAUCUAUGAGAACGAGUACUUCCAGGAUCUAUUGCACACGAACCAACGACGCCUGUUGAAGGUUUCGCGGGAUCGCACCUUCCUGCUGGACCGCCUGCUGCUGUACGAGAAGCCGGCCAAAGACUCCAGCGACACCGAUGCCACCGACAGCUCCGACUCGGAGCCUGCGUCCACGUCCGGAGCUGCAGGAGGAUCGCAGACACCAAAGGACGCCAUUCGGCGGAAGCACAAGGACAAGGGGGCACCUGGAACUCCGGGAGUGCCCCCGCACAUGACCACUGUGGGUGCCACACGAGGACGAAGGCGCAAAGUACUGACCGGCAUGUUGCCAACCAACCAUGGAAUCCACACAGCUGCUACUCCUGCUCCCAAAAGACAGCUCACCGCCACAGUUUCCCCUUCGCAGCAGCAGCUCCAACUACAGACUGCACCCAAAGACGUGUCGCCUGGCUUGAGUCAAGCGGAGAUUGCUCGCCAGCUUCAGGAGCGACGACCGACGCCCCUUGAGCUCAUGAGUCCGGAGUGCACCUCGGCCACCGUGCCCACCACAAUGCUCAGCGAUGAAAGUCCCUCCAAGUGCUAUCCCAAUGAAAGCCUGCAGCAUCUGAUGGAGGACGAUUCGCAUUCGCAUGAGGUGGCCGCCGAGGAGUGCGUGCCCAUGGAGUACACCAGUUAAUAUUUACACAAAGCUAUUUGCUACUUUGUCUUAGCUAAUAAACUAACACGAACCACA